ACGAGUAUACAAGUAACAAGGGAUUCUUAACCUUGUCAAAAAUUCAGUGUUUUAAUGGAAUUAACCAAACUUUCUUCCAUUUUUCCAGGUUAUUGCCGGUCCAGGUGAGCGGUCGGGAGUCCAGUGACCAUGAGGCAGGCGGUGGAGGCUCAGGUGUUAAACCCCCACUGUGAACUUGGAGAACACGGCCUGCGUCAGAUCCUGACAGAUGUGAUUGAGGAGGUGAGGCAGUCAGUAAACCAGGACAUUGAUGGGGCAGAGAUUCUCCACAGUUUGUUGAACGCCUCCUGGCUGCAGUCGCUGCUCAAGGUUCAUGAGUGUCUGCAGAGGUACCUGAGAGAUUCCCCAGCUCCGGCUCUGGACUACGCUUCUGGACUCUCACUUCAGCUGCUGAUCGACAUCAGGGCGUUACCAGGCUGCUCUGAAGAGGCCAAAGAGCUCUACCGUCUCCUGCGACAGCCUCACCUGCAGGCUCUUCUCUCUGCUCAUGAUACGGUGGCCCAGAGGGACUAUGAGCCAGUGCUGCCGCCGAUGCCUGAAGACCUGCCGGACGAUGAGGAGGCCACCAGGAUUGUCUGCCUGGUCAAAAACAAACAGCCUCUGGGAGCGACUAUAAAGAGAAACGAGAUCACCGGGGAGAUUUUCAUCGCUCGGGUGAUCCAUGGAGGGCUGGCUGAUCGAAGUGGUCUGCUCCAUGCAGGGGACAGGAUCAUAGAGGUGAAUGGUUUUCCUGUGAACGGGAUGGAGCCUGAGCAAGUUAUCCAAGUUGUGCAAGCGAGGUCGCAGGGCACCAUCAUGUUUAAGGUUGUUCCCAUCACAGAAAGGCCGGUCCACAACCAGACGAUGCUCUACGUGCGGGCCAUGGCCGACUACAGCCCUCAGCAGGACCCGGCCAUCCCCUGCGCCGACGCCGGCAUGAGCUUCAGAAAGGGCGACGUCCUGGAGAUCGUGGACCAGACGGACGCCCUCUGGUGGCAGGCCAAGAAACUGCCCAGCAACAUGGCCUGCGCCGGCCUCAUCCCCUCCACCAACCUGCUCAAACGGAAGCAGAGGGAGUUCUGGUGGUCCCAGCCUUAUCAGCCUCAUGCCUGCAUUCAGACCUUGAGCACUGUAGAAGAAGAGGAAGACAUGAUGGCCAUUGAUGAGAAAUGUGUCGAAGCAGAUGAGGAGGCAUUUGAAUCUGAGGAGCUCAGAGAAGGGGAGGAUGACUUCAGCAGCAACAUUGAAGGGAUUUACUUAGCGGGCUUCAGGCGCAGCAUGCGUCUGUGCAGGCGGCGGUCUCACAGCACCACCCAGCCGCCCUGCCACACCCGCUGCCCCAGCAGCUGCUACAGCGCCCUCAACAGCCCCUACGAGGAGGUGGUGCGGUACCAGCGCCACCCACAGGACGCACACCGCCUCAUCGCCCUCCUAGGUCCGUCGGGUGUGGGCGUGAGUGAGCUGCGGAGGCGCUUGAUCGAAAUGAACCCCAACAUCUACCGGGGAGCUCUCCCGCACACCACAAGAGCACCCAAAGGAUACGAGGAGUCUGGGAGAGAGUAUUUCUUCACCAGCCGAGAAAUCUUCGACAACAUGGUUUAUAACAACAGGUUUCUGGAGUACGGGGAGUAUAAAGGGAAUCUGUACGGCACCAGCAUCGAGUCUGUGAAGGACGUUUUAAACAGCGGACAGAUCUGCGUCGUUGACAUCGAGCCAAACGCCAUUCAGGCGGUGAGGACCCACGAGCUGAAGGCCUACAUCAUCUACGUGAAGCCUCCAACCCAGGAGCGCCUCAGGGAGACCAGGCAGGAUUCCUACAUCACCACCAACUACUACGUCAACCGACCGUUCAAAAAUGAGGACUUCCAGGAGAUGGAGGAGGCAGCCCGGAAGAUCGAGUCCCACCACUGGCAGUUUUUCGACAAAGUGAUCGUCAACGAUGAGCUGCAGGACUCCUGCGUCCAGCUGCUGACGGCGGUGAGGAAGGCGCAGGACGAGCCGCAGUGGGUCCCUGCCAGCUGGAUACGACCCACCGCCGAGUCGUAAGCGAGGACGGAGGAGAAAACAAGGGGACAAGAGAGAUGUGACCCCUUUUUAUUAUGGCAGCAAAUUUUGGAAAGUCCGGAGUAUCAACCGAAAAGCUUUACAUUGAAAUCGAUUUGUUUUCAUGUCUUAUGCUGCAUGUUUCAGGGGAGUAGGGCAUGAAAAAAAAAUCCAAACGUUUUGGUCUUGGUGUUUCUGACGUGCUUGAUCUGGUUCUUAGGAUCCAAAAAGACAAAAUGAAGCUGGACUCAAGCCCAGAGAAAUCCCUGAAACUAAGUUUGUCACCAUUUUACUUUUUUUUCUUUUGACUAGUUGUAAGACUAACUGUUCUUAGACGAUUAUAGUAACUCUGCAACCAGGGGCGCUUUCUAUUGAUGUGUUUAUGGCACUACGGGAUAUUUAAAUUAUUUUAGUAAAGGAGUGCUCGUAAAAAAAGGUAGUUUGCUGCUUUGCAUGAAGCUUUAAGUUGAACAAAACAAGUUAAUUUCUUGCCCUGCUCCCCACUCUUGUAACACAGACCUGCAAUAAACAAUGUGAACUUUUUCAAACCGAUGUUUACACACCAGAGAGAAAAGUUAUUUUUUUUUUCAAUCUUGUUCAAUGUUUUGGUUUGGUUUUUUUUGUUUUUUUUGUUUUUUGGUCAUUUUUAUCAUUUCUUUGUGUUUCGCUAUAGCUUAACGUGUCUCAUUGCAUGCCAAAAAAUUGUUCGAGAUUUACAAAAGAUGAACAAAAUGGCAAUCUCUCGCAAAAAUAACACUUUGUGUCCUUAUUUCAUUCAAAUUAUGUGAUUAAAAACCAUGUUUUUCAGGGUAAUAUGCAACAAAAGUGCAAGCAAAGCAAUGGCAUUUUCAUAUCUUUACCUGUCUGUGAAAGUAA